AUGAAUUUCCAUGGUCAGCAUCGUUUACCUUACAAUUUUAUGUAUUGUUCAUUUUGCGCCCUUUAUUUCAAUGGAUAUAUAGAGCUACAGGAAUAUGCGAAACAACAGGAAAUGAAACAUCGCCGUAAAAUCAUCCUUCCUUGCGUAAUUCCAUGGGAAUAUGGAUCUAAUAAAUAUGCCAGUCAAAAAGGUACCGCUGGUUUUGGUACCAUUCGUAAUGCCACAACAACAAUCAAAUGCAGUAAACAGCUAAGCGAAAGUAAUGAUGGCGUGGUACCAUGGAUGAACUGUCCACAGUUACGUGAUAAAGAACUUGCAUCUCAAGCAGGUCUGACACCAUUUGGUGGAAUUCGAGAACAUGCUAUUAAAGUACAGGACAAGGAUGGUGAGAAGAAGAAAGAUAUUAGCAAACUUAUCGGCGAUCAGACCAGCGAAUGUAUAUUGAAAAUUUGGUCGCAAGCAAAUCCGAACGCUAAAAACGGAAAGCAUCGAGAUGCUAUAAUGGAAGUGAAAGGCGGUCGGCAAUUUAGUCAAAAAGAAUUAAAUGCUAGCAGAGCAGCUAUUCCAAAAUUUCAUGAUCCACGUGAAACUAUUGCAGAAAAAGCGAAGAAAGCUGACGGUACUCGGUCUGACGGAUUAAUUAGCAAUAGACAAGAAAAUAUGCGAAGUAAAAGUGCAAGAGGAACAGAAAAUAAUAUCUUGGAUUCAAAUUAUAUGGCCUGGAUCGGUGGACAGUUAACAUUACAGUCACAAAUACAGACGGAUGGCACUCGAAAGUCUCCUGAUAUCAUCUCGAAAUCCUAUUUUGAUCGAGUGAUGAAUGAGAGGGAAUAUUUGAUUGAGAAAGCAAAGAAAGAGAAAGCACAACGUGAAGAACAAAAAGAGAAAGAAAAGGUUAAAGGUAAAUUUGAAUUUGAUGAAAGAGAAAGGAGAAUCAAUGAAGCACAAAUAACAAAAUGGAAAGUGGAGGAGCAAAAUAGUGAUAUUUCUACUGAUAUUAUUGCACUUUACCAUUAA